GGAUAUCAUAGUCAUCUCAAUUCUUCGAUAAACAUUGUCAACUUGCAAAAAUGGACAGUAACUCCACCAGCUUGAUGAGUUUCAGUAGUUUCAGUGAUUCUGAAGAGGAUCUAGAGAGCCAUGCUCCCCUUUUUGCUGACCAUGAAUCAAUCAGUGAACUCUUAGAGUGUUCCUCGCUAGGAGGUUCGUCUGCUUUUGGUGGAUCUGGCGGGAUGCAAGCGGAGCAACGAGAUGUGCCAAGGCCCAGGACCCGGUUCAUGUCCCUAGAUGUUACUGGCUCUACCCCAAGUAAUCUUCUUAAACGAUCUCAUAGCAAUCCAAAGAGAUCAUCCAAACCCAAAGGUGUUAGUCCUUUGGCAAGGUUCUCAUCUCCACCGGAACAAUCUGCGUCAUCGGAGCAGGUCUGGGUUCUUGAUGAGGAAAGGCGAAAGGCUGCUGAUCAACCCCUUACAAGCAGCACCGAGAACAACCUAAACUACCCUUCCAAGCCUACUCCCGCCAAUGUGGCUCAGCACCUUUUGAACCGAGGAAGCAGUGAACGAAUAAAGGGAGACCGGAGUGCCAUGAUGUACCCUCAGAAUAUCUCCAGGGGUACAAGUAGACAUCUCCGAAGUUGUUCUGCAGAGAAUCUACCUGCAAUCCCAAACAGAGGAAGUGGUUCUGAGGCCAAACCAGGUAUGGAAGCUCGUAGCAGCUCAAUGAAUGACAUUGUAAGGAUGGAUCCAGCACUCCAGAUUCCAGUGAUUGGAGUCGAGGAACCUUCCGACCAAGAGGACCAAAAGACGUCAUCUGACCAUGAAGAUGAUAAAAUCCAAUCCAAAGGGACCGAACAACCAAAAUCUCCUGUCAGCUCUCCACCUCUACCGAGGUUCUUGAAUCCGGACCUGGCAAAACGACUGUCACUUCCUAAUGAAGGGAGUGGCAGUAGUCUAUCUACUAGAACUGGAAGUGACAGUGAUCUUAGUUACACUGGUAGUAUUACACCAGAUAUUAAUGAAUGCAGGAGAAAUGUUGGAGAGAGAGGUCAAUUACGUAAAAGCAGUUUACGGAAGAAAUCAAGACCCCAUGACCCCACCCGCCAUGUCCAGCUGGCUCUGGAUAGCGUGAAGGAGGAGGGAACUCCCCCAACGCCAAGAAAAUACAAGAAACGAGAGGAUGGGCGGCCAAGGGUCCAGAUACGGAUCGGGGAUGAUGAAGAAUCUGAUGAGGAAGGGGACAAGGUGGACUGUGGAAGCGACGACCCAAACGAGAAUGGCUACAGUGGAAGGAGGAAAGGGAAUGUUAAUGUUACGCAAGAGAAAUUUCCCAUCAAUACCAAGAGAGCACAUGAACCCCAUGAGCUCUUUGUACAGCUUGACUCAUGGCAGUACAACCAGAAUCAGUCUGAAGAAGGGUUUGUAGAGAAGAUAUGGAAAGAGACUGCAAGAUGGAUCAAGUUUGAGGAAGAUUGGGAGCCUGGAUCAGAGAGAUGGGGUAAACCUCAUGUAGCAUCACUUACAUUCAAUAGCUUGCCACAGCUAAGGAAGGGGCUUGAAAAUGGCCUGAUGCUUCUUGAUUGUCAGAGGACUACCUUACAAGGCAUCUUUGAUGCUAUACUAGAUGGGCUUGAAGAAGAACAUAACAUGGGAAGGAAUGAUCGUAUGCUUAUCUCAAAGAUGCUCAGGGCUAGCGCUGGAAGCUCUUAUAUGCAACAUAGAUUGCUAAGAGGAAGUGUGAAUAGCUACCAAGAUGAGCAUACUGGUAUCGUGAGAGCAUCUAUAAGACGUCUUUCUACCAUUGCUGACUUCAGUCACCACCAUCGUAGUUCACAUCCACAUCAGAAUCAGCUCAACUCCAACCACUUCCCUGUCAGUCGAUCCAUGAGUGCUAUGGAUGGUACAGGCCAUAUCAAUGGCAAUGGGUUUGUUGAACCAGAAUCCAAGACUCCGAUGAUUGAAGACAUCCAACAGCAGGAGAAGAUCACACACCUCAAGGUGAAUAAUGACAACGGGUCAGCUAUCAACAGGAACCUCUCUGCUGCUACACUAAGUGCCCUUCAACAACACAGGACUGAUGGCAUCAUUAAGAAAAUACCACCAGACUCUGAGGGGGCUCUGGUCCUUGUUGCUAAGGAAGAAUACCUUGAACAACCAUACAUGGUCCUGGUCAGGCUGGAUGAACCUAUACUCUUUGAGAACUUAUUGGAGGUCCCUAUUCCAUUGAGGUAUGUAUUUGUGGUAACUGGACCUCCCAUGCCAACCCUCAACUACCACGAAGUGGGUCGAGCCCUUGCCACGCUCUUCUCCGAUGAGGUGUUCAGGAACAUUGCCUACUCCGCCCGUGAGAGGAAGGACAUCCUAGUGGGGAUCAAUGAGUUUCUCAAUGACACCAUGGUGCUACCACCAGGAGAUUGGGACAAGGAACUACUGAUGCCAAUCACUAGGUUACAGAAGAGAGAACAAGAGAAGGUGAACAGGAGAAGGAAGACAUUGAAGUUGAAGGAAGAGGAUACAGUGGCCUUGCAGCAUUUCCUUACGGCGGAGAAGGUGCAUGGGGACCCCUUGCAACGCACAGGAUACUUGUUUGGUGGUCUCUUCAAAGAUAUCAGAAGAAGAUAUCCUCACUAUCUCUCUGAUGUCUUAGAUUCCUUUAACAUCACCUGUCUGGCUGCCUUUGUCUUUCUCUACUUCGCUUGUCUCUCACCAGCUAUUACAUUUGGUGGUAUCUUAGGUGAAAUGACGCAGGGUUAUAUGGGUGUGUCUGAGAUGAUCAUCUCAACAUCUCUCAAUGGCAUCAUCUUCUCACUACUCUCAGGACAACCUCUCAUCAUCAUAGGUCCUACUGGUCCAGUGUUGGUCUUUGAAGAAAACUUAUUACUGUUUUCCAAGCAGAUGAAUAUUGAGCUGUUACCAUUCCGUGCGUGGAUUGGUAUAUGGACGUUUCUUAUAGCAACCAUCUGUGUAGCAGUAGAGGGCAGCGUUCUUGUCCGACAUUUUACCAGAUUUACUGAGGAGAUAUUUGCCCUUCUCAUUUCUAUCAUCUUCAUCUAUGAGACCGUCAGUGGACUCAAAUAUGUGGCGUGUCAGAACCCCUUUCAGGAGAACUACUGCCUGGCUGAUCUGAACAGCACAUACCCUCCCAUAUACAACUCAUCUAGUAUCUAUGCACGGCCCACCGACAUCGUCCAGCAGUUCAACGUCACAACCUCCCCCAUCCCUAGCUCCGUCACCAGCUCAUCAUUAUCACAUGGACUGGAUGAACAUGUGACAUACUUUGACAUUAUGAUGAAUGCUACUGAUCAUUAUGGAGAUGAUAAAUACAGUGGGAAAUCUGGGAAGAAAAAGAAGAAAUGUUAUGUACCUUCUGGUUGGGAUCCCAAGCCUAACACCACACUCAUGUCAAUCAUUCUUACAUUUGGAACAUUCUUUAUAGCGUUCUUCAUCAGGCAGUUCAGAAAUAGCAGGUUCUUGGGCAGAACGUCAAGAAGAGCAUUUGGGGACAUUGGUAUCGCUAUAGCAAUCACCGUCAUGGUUACCGUAUCAUACUUCACCAAGAAUGUCUACCUUCAAAAACUAACCAUAGGGACUGGUUUUGCUCCUACGGAUCCAUCCAAGAGAGGUUGGUUUAUCAAUCCUAUGGGUGUAGAUCAACCCAUGCCAAUGAUAGCCAUCCUAGGUGCUUCAGUACCAGCAUUCCUUGUCUUCAUCCUUCUCUACAUGGAGACACUUCUUACAGGGGUCAUUGUUAACAAGAAGGAACACAAGUUAAAGAAAGGCACUGGUUUUCAUCUUGAUAUGUUUAUCAUGGGAUUCUUGACAGCUCUAUCAGGAAUCCUAGGUCUACCUUGGAUGUGUGCUGCUACAGUCAGAACAGUCUCUCAUGUAGCUAGUCUAAGUGUCAUGACUCGGACUGAUGCUCCAGGCGUGAAGCCAAGAUUAGACCACAUCAAAGACCAAAGGAUGACCAAUUUCUUUGUUAGUCUUGCCAUAGGUUUAUCAUUAUAUAUGGCACCAUUGUUGAGAGAGGUGCCAAUAGCUGUACUUCUAGGAGUCUUCUUAUACCUUGGACUCUGUUCAUUGAGUGGUCUCCAAAUGAUAGAAAGAAUUAAAGUCUUCUUUAUGCCAAGCAAACAUCAUCCGGAUGUCAAGUAUAUCAGAAUGGUAAAAGCAUGGAAGAUCCACCUGUUCACAUCUAUACAGCUUGUAUGUCUAGUAGCCGUCUGGAUGAUCAAGACGUCCAUCGUCGCUAUCUGUUUCCCAUUCUUCUUCAUUCUUCUUGUGGCAAUCCGUAGGCUCAUGAGGUUUAUUUAUACUGAUCAAGAGUUGGAAGCUUUGGAUGACGAAGAAUCUGAAGAAGAGAUUGAUGGAUCUAUGGGUGAUGAAUACCAAGCCACCCACAUGCCUGUUUAGAAUUACACCAAGAAACCAAAGCUGAAAGAAUAUUUGAAAUUUCAAGCAACCAUACAUUUGUGGUAACUGUAAGGUAGUGCAGUAUUGAUGGAGGAAGUGUGCAAUGUCUAUUCUUGUUCCUGUCUGUACCUUUCAGGAGAUGUAAGCUCAGCAAAAUAACUGGGUCACUUAACUUGCUUGAAUAUAUAGUGUUGAUUGUGCUGCUCGGGCGUAACACAGAGUAAAGUGAAGGAUUUUAGAACAAUGAAUAGGCAAAGAAUAUGAGCUUGAGUAGCACAACUUGCUGUCAUUAAUUAAAUACACCAGGGAGGUGUUUUCACAAAGUAAGUAUGACUUACAGUCAUGCUUAAAUCUCAACACAAAUCUCACACAUAUUAUUCAAUGCUUAAUCUGAUUGAUGGAUACGCUGUAAUGAUCUGACCAAUGCGAUGAUGCGUUGUAUGCCAUACGCAACUGAAAUUUAUUAGUGACUCCUGGGCCCACUCCUUUUUGAUUAUUCAUAAAUGAUUUACCCCAAUAUUCAAAUAUGCUCAACUUUGUGUUAUUCACAGAUGACAUGUGUGUUUUUUAUGUCUGGUGAAUAAUGAAUAAUUUGUACCAUUUAUAUCAAACUAGAAAUCAUAGCAAUUGCUAUCCUCCUUUGCCAUAUACACUCUUAACAAAACUAUCUGUUUUUUACACUUUGGACCACUCUUUUGGAAUUAAUUACCCAAUGUGGAAGCGCCGUGGUGUAGCGGUUCUGACUCUCGCCUUGUAAUCAGAGGGUCGUGUGUUCGAAUCCCACCAUGGC